CUCUCGGCGAGCUCGGACGGGCGCGGCAGCGGCAGCGAUCCCGUGCCCCUCGCGACUAGCGAGCUUCGGCGCCGGCGACCUACUGCCUCCGCCCGGCGACCUCAUCUCCCUCAACCACAGCCCCUCUGCCUGAGCCCAAUCUCGCAUCGCCCCCGACCAGCUCGCCGGCCAUGGACGCCGCCGGCGGCGGCCAGCUCUUCUCCGUUGACCCCCUGGAGCGCCAGGCCGCGCGGGGCCACGGCGUCGUCACCUCCAUGGCCGCCGGCAGCGACGUCAUCGUCCUCGGCACCUCCCGCGGCUGGCUCGUCCGCCACGACUACACCUUCGAGGACGCCCACGAUCUCGACCUCGGGAGCGGCCGCUCCGGCGACCACUCGGUGCAUCGGGUGUUCCUCGACCCCGGCGGCAAGCACUGCGUCGCCACGGUGGUCCACCCCGGCGGCGCUGAGACGUACUACCACCACGCGAGGUGGCCGCGCCCCAAGCCGCUCCCCCGCCUCCGCGGCCUCCUCGUCAAUGCCGUCGCCUGGAACCGCCAAUCCAUCACGGAAGCAUCGACCAAGGAGGUGAUCCUGGGCACGGAGAGCGGGCAGAUCUUCGAGAUGGCUGUGGAUGAGGCUGACAAGAGGGAGAAGUACGUGAAGCCACUCUUUGAGCUCACUGAGCAAAGAGAGGGCAUCAAGGAUCUGCAGAUGGAAACCGCCGUGGUUGGAAAUUCCACAAGGUACUAUGUGAUGGCUGUCACUCCAACGCGGCUUUACUCGUUCACUGGCAUUGGUUCACUAGAAACUGUUUUUGCUAGUUAUUCCAAUCGUGCCAUACACUUUAUGGAGCUCCCAGGAGAAAUACCUAACAGUGAACUACAUUUCUUUAUCAAGCAAAGAAGGGCUAAACACUUUGGAUGGCUUUCUGGAUCUGGAAUUUAUCAUGGUGAACUGAAUUUUGGAGCGCAACACAGCUCUACUAGUGGAGAUGAGAACUUUGUGGAAAAUAAGGGUUUUUUUGACUACUCAAAAUUGGGAGAUUCUGGAACUAAACCAAGGUCAUUUGCAUUGUCUGAAUUCCAUUUUCUGCUUCUGAUUGGGGACAAGAUUAAGGUAGUGAACAGAAUAAGCCAGCAGAUGGUGGAGGAACUUGUAGUUGAUAAUACACCUGAAACUUCAAGAGGAAUCGUUGGCCUCUGUAGUGAUGCAUCUACAGGACUUUUCUAUGCAUAUGAUGAAAGUUCUAUAUUCCAGAUUUCCACUUCUGACGAGGGUCGUGACAUGUGGCAAGUUUACUUGGAUAUGAAUCAUUAUGCUGCUGCUUUAUCCCAUUGUCGCAACCCUUUCCAGCGGGACCAAGUCUAUCUAGUGCAGGCUGAUGCUGCAUUUGCUGCAAAAGAGUAUUACAUAGCAGCUUCCUUCUAUGCAAAGAUGAAUUACAUCCUGUCGUUUGAGGAGAUCAGCCUGAAAUUUAUAUCAAUAGGUGAGCAGGAUGCUCUCAGAACUUUCUUAUUGAGAAGGCUUGACAACCUCACCAAAGAUGACAGGAUGCAGAUUACAAUGAUCUCAACUUGGGUUACUGAGCUGUACUUAGACAAGAUUAAUCGCCUCCUGUUGGAAGAUAGCACUGGCACCACUACAAAUUCAGUAGCAGAGUCAAAUAGCUCGGAAUAUCGUUCAAUAGUAAAUGAGUUCCGUGCUUUUCUUAGUGACAGCAAAGAUGUAUUAGAUGAAGCAACAACAAUGAGACUAUUGGAAAGUUAUGGAAGAGUGGAUGAGCUAGUGUACUUUGCUGGUUUGAAGGAGCAAUAUGAAAUCGUGGUUCAUCAUUACAUUCAGCAAGGAGAAGCAAGAAAAGCAUUGGAAGUGCUUCAACGGCGCAAUGUUCCUGUAGAUCUUGUGUAUAAAUUUGCCCCAGAUUUAAUCAUGUUAGAUGCUUAUGAGACUGUUGAAUCAUGGAUGAUGGCGAGAAACAAGUUGAAUCCAGGGAAACUCAUACCAGCAAUGAUGCGUUAUGUGAGCGAACCACAUGCGAAGAACGAAACACACGAGGUUAUUAAAUACUUGGAAUUUUGUGUGAAAGAUUUGAACAACGAGGACCCUGGGGUGCAUAAUCUGUUGCUAUCACUGUAUGCCAAGAAGGAGGAUGAAUCCCAGCUUUUGCAAUUUCUUGACACCAAAUUUGGUAAAGGACAAACAAAUGGCCCUGAAUUCUUUUACGAUCCCAAGUAUGCUCUCCGCCUAUGUCUUCAAGAGAAGAGAAUGCGUGCUUGUGUUCGUAUUUACAGCAUGAUGUCCAUGCAUGAGGAAGCUGUGGCACUUGCUUUAAAGGUGGACUUAGAACUUGCAAAGGCAGAAGCUGACAAAGUAGAAGAUGAUGAAGAGCUUAGGAAGAAGCUGUGGCUUAAGGUUGCUAAGCAUGUCAUCGAGCAAGAGAAAGGUGUCAAGAGAGAAAACAUAAAGAAAGCAAUAGAAUUCCUUUCAGAGACCAAUAACUUGUUAAAGAUCGAGGAUAUCUUACCAUUUUUCCCAGACUUCGUAUUGAUUGACGACUUCAAAGAGGAAAUAUGCAAAUCUCUCAAGGACUACAACAGCCAGAUUGAGCUGCUGAAACAGGAGAUGGAUGAUGCCACACGUGGGGCAGACAAUAUCAGAAGUGAUAUUGGUGCCCUUGCUCAGAGAUAUACUGUAAUUGAUCGUGAGCAGGACUGUGGGGUUUGCCGGCGCAAAAUAUUGACUGUUGGAGGGUUACAUCAGGUAGGAAGAAGCUACACAUCUGUUGGGCACAUGGCCCCAUUUUAUGUGUUUCCCUGUGGACAUGCUUUCCAUGCGAAUUGCUUGAUUGGACAUGUCACUCGUUGCAGUAGCCAGGCGCAAGCUGAGAGAAUAUUAGACCUUCAGAAACGGCUUAGCUUGAUGGAUAGAAAAGCAGCAAAAGACAAUGGGGCAAAUGUAAAUGGUGAAUCUAUUAUGAGCACCACCCCAGUUGAUAAGCUGAGGUCGCAGUUGGAUGAUGCUGUAGCAAGCGAGUGCCCCUUCUGUGGUGACCUGAUGAUCAAGGAGAUUUCACAGCCAUUCAUUCCCCCUGAAGAGUCGGAUGAAAAGGCAUCAUGGGAAAUUAAACCACAACCAACACCUCAGAAGAUUCUCCCCAUGACCAUGUCUAUAUGAGGCUAUGGAGUAUACAGCCUGAGAUGAUGGGUGUUGAAUUUCUACCAUGCUCGAUCUCUUUUUGUGACAUGGUCGUGCAUAACUUUUUGCUGUUGGUGGAUUUGGUUUUGAUAAUUGUCUACCCAGUUUGUGUAUUCGUUUGACCGGUGUAGGGUGUUCAGGUAGUUUUUGUAUAGAAACAUCAGUUGCCUCCCAUGUGAUUCUUGUAAAUGUAGCUAUUGUGGUGCCGCAGUGGAAGUAUCCACGACACAGUUUUGAACUGUAAGUUAAUGAACUGAAAUUGUACAAUAAUGAAGCAUGCUUGUUACAUAUGUGAAGAAAAUUUUGCAUUCUUGCAA